AUGGAUGAAUAUCUUCAUAUGGAUUCCCAAGUUGGUUCUAGUUUGAUAUCUGAUUUAUCUUCAUUCAUUAGCAAAGUUGGAGAGGGAGAUUUGACAAAUAAAUUUACCACAAAUGAAAUAUUUCGUUCACGGGAGCACUUACUUUAUAGGGUAAGAGGGAUGACUUAUGAUUUAGGAUUUGUUGUGGUAAUAGUAAGAUCGGAUAUAGCUACUAGUGUACGGGAAAGAAAAACGUUCAUCAUACUUCGAUGUGAAAGAGGAGGGAAAUAUCAAAAAUACAAAGCCGAUGCGGUGCCUAGUGUAUACGACACUCGUAAAUGUGAGUGUCUGUUUAGAUUAAAGGGUAAACCAUGUUCAAACGGGGAUGGAUGGGUGUUGAAGGUAAUGUGUGAACAUCACAACCAUGAGUUGGCUGAAACUUUAGUUGGGCAUCCUUAUGCUGGCAGGGAUAAGUACAUUCAUUGGAGUAGGUGUUCCGACGAUUCAGAGGUUGUUACUGACCUGUUUUGGACACAUCCUGAUGCGGUGAAAUUGUUAAACUCAUUUAAUGUUGUAUUUUUGAUGGAUUCCACAUAUAAAACAAACAGAAAUAGACUUCCAUUACUUGAGAUUGUGGGCAUGACGUCUAUAGGGUUAAACUUCUCUACAACAUUUUCUUUCUUGUCUACUAAACUAGAGAGUAAUUUCACAUGGGCUUUGGAAAAGAUGAAAGGUUUAUUUUUAACAUCUGAGGGUGGUCCUAAAGUCAUUGUCACUGACCGAGACUUGGCUUUGAUGAAUGCCAUUGCAAAUGUAUUCCCUGAGUCAUAUAAGAUGUUAUGUCAGUUCCACAUCCUUAAAAAUGUUAAAGCUAAAUACAAAAUGUUAGUUAAUUCUAAUGAGGUUUGGGAUGUGUUGAUGGAUGCAUGGCAAAAUGUGAUGGAUUGUGCUGAUGAAAGCUUAUUUGCUGAGUAUGUGAAUGAUUUUCAAUAUGCGAGCAGUUCAUGGGUUGAGUCUGCUCAUUGGAGUUUGAAGAAAGUUCUGGGCAAUAAUAUGGGUGAUUUGUGUUCUUGUUGGGAUAUUAUUCAUAACGUCGUUAUCCUACAACACAACAAGAUUAAGGCAUCAUUUGAAAGAAGUUUGUUGCUCACGAGUGACCCUUUUAAAGGAUACAGAUAUAGAAAACUUAUUGGGAGUAUCUCUCGAUAUGCAUUGGAUCUCAUUGCUAAGGAAUUGGAAAGAGUGCAGUAG